AUGACAUUGCCGCAACAGGUAUUAAUAGGGAUAAUGGUCCUAAGUACAUCACGGCGCGCGCAAACGGAAAAGCCGGCGGACGACGCGGCAUGCGCAAACCUGUGCGCGUGCAUCGCUCGCACUCACAAACGCUUAAAUCUGUAUGAAAUUACGUACGCAUCGGCAGCCAGCCAACAGCGAAGCAACCACGAAAACUACAACAAACUUAUUGUGGCGGCAACAGUAGGUGACGCCAACCUAAAACGCAAGCUUGUGCCUGUAAUAGCGGCCGGCGGGGAAAUCCUUGAAGAAUGUGCAGACCUUCCCGACAAGCUACAGAAACAAACGAAAGACCUAACGGAAGGCGUAAAUCAGCUGACCCGCUCGUGGAAGAUUAUGGAUGCGAUGACGGCGACGUCAAGACGGUUCAAAGUAACAGCAACGGGCGGCACACCGUUCGCACAGCUCCCGACGCCGUCGGCACUCGCGGCACGAGACGACAAGCCGUGUCCAAGCUUGACUGACAGUGAAGACCUACUGCAAAUAGAUAAAGCAACCGAAGCGAAACAGCCGGCGCUGCCGGAGCAAGCAUACGCCUUAAAAGUCGUCUACAAAUGCACGCACAACGGCGCAGCCAGCUGCCACAGCACGCAGAUAGCAGAAAAUGGCUUCGUCGAACUAGAGCUCACAGGCGGGCCAGCACAAAAUCAAGGGACAGCAGCCAGCAGACUUGGGACGAGCCUAGAGAACGGCAUCAAUCUCGAGGUCACGCCACUAAAAAUAACAGGCGACCUACUAAAGAAAGUAAACGCCAACUUCACAGCCGCAAAACAGCUGCUACAAAACCAGUCAUGCUCAAAAGAUCUAAGGGAGUACUCAGCAUUGUCCGGAACACAAGUAUUCGGCAAACUAGCAACAAAGGCGCUAUUGCGGCUGUACGACAAAGAAUCGAUAGAUACAGGAGAUCAGCAGGCCCAAGCCGCCACAAAGGAUGCAUAUGGUCAAACAGGCGAAAAGCUCGCCACUAACGUGUGGCAACUAGUCGACGAUAUUAAAGUCCCCGUAACCGGCGAUGGCAAGGAACAAAAUACAGCACUAAACAGCGUCACAACUAUGAGACAACUUGGCGACUCCGUAGCAAGACUACUGCUAAAAGAAUUAAAAAGUGAGGAGGAAAAAGAAACUAAAAACAAAAAUGCUGAAGAAGAACAAAAUAAGGAAUGCAGUGACAAAAAUGGAACCGACUGCACAAGGAUUUGCGUUAUGGUAGAGGGAGUUUGCACACCAAAAAAGAAGGGAGAGGAUGAAAACAAAGAGAAAACCGGAACCACAAACACCACAGGAAGCAAUUCUUUUGUCAUUAAAAAGGCUCCUCUUUGGCUUGCGUUUUUUAUUCUAGCGUGUGACUUUUAA